AUGUGGCUUGAUCGUCUCUCCAACCAUUCUACACCAUCAUCAGGGACACCUCCGACGUUCACCAAUCGACACCCUUCACCAAAUCGCAGACCAUCACGAACCCCUUCUCAGAGCUACCGACCGAGUCUGCACCCACGCUCCUCGUCGACAUCCCUACUACUUACGCCUAAUGACUCUACCGCUUCUUUACCAACCACUACUCGACAUGUCUCCAAUGGAACAUCACAAAGAUCAGUCUUCGUACGCACACCCCCAGGCGAGGUUGCUAAUCCGCUGGAAGUCUUGAAUAGUAUUAUUGGGAAGCAGACGACAGAUAAGCCCAUCGAAGCCUCUGCCGAAAAGCCAGCUGAGUUGGUUGAAGCUAUCGACUUUGGAGAUUUAAGUCUAGAGGAGUUUAUGAGUCGCGGACAGGAAUCCGGUGGUCUUUUGAGCAGCGAGGCCGGGGUUGGGACAAUUGAACAAUUUGCAGGAGAUCAAGACAAGUUUCAAGAGCUACAUAAUGCUAUUGCAGAUUGUGAUGAGGUACUCAAAUCCGUGGAAUCCUACCUUUCCGACUUUCAGACCGAGCUCGGCAUCGUUUCUGCCGAAAUCGAAACCCUUCAGACCCGAUCAGUCCAAUUAAAUGCCAAGUUAGAAAACCGAAGGAAUGUCGAACGGCUGCUUGGUCCCGCAGUCGAGGAUAUCAGCAUAUCUCCAAACGCAAUUCGCACGAUAACAGAUGGUCUGAUUGAUGAAAAGUGGGCCAAAGCCCUUAGUGAGAUUGAGGCUCGCAGUGCAAGCAUUGAGAAAUCAACUGGGUCACCACUAAAAGCUGUGGAUGAUGUCAAGCCACUUCUAGUCGAGUUGAAGAAUAAGGCAACAAUUCGUAUUCGUGAUUAUCUGGUCUCUCAGAUCAAAGCUAUGCGUUCACCAAAUAUGAAUGCUCAAUACAUACAGCAACAUCAUUUGGUCAAAUACAAAGAUUUGUACUCUUUUCUAACCAGGACACACCCAACUCUUUCAGAAGAAAUCACUCAAGCAUAUGUUAAUACAAUGAGGUGGUAUUAUCUGUCAAACUUUACUCGUUAUAGCCAGGCUUUGGAGAAGUUAAAGCUCCAUCCAUCCGAUACAAAUAAUGUUCUAGGUGGAGACCCGUCAGCGCAAAGAGGAGGGACGGGCCCAGGUGGUAGAGGUAUUUCACAUGAUCCUUUCACUAUUGGAAGACGUAUCGAUGUCUUGAAAACCGGCAAUCCUAUCGCUAUCAGCUCAUACAUUGCUGAAGAAGAUAAAUCGGUACAUGGAUUUGAGGUGCCAUUUCGACAUUUCAAUCUUGCUCUGGUUGACAAUGUAUCAGCUGAGUAUUCUUUUUUGACAGAGAUGUUUUCAGUGAGGUCAUAUCAGCAAAUAUCGCGAAAAGCAGCCGAAAUCUUUGAGCCUGUCUUUGCACUCGGACAGACAGUCACAAAACAUCUGGUUGAAAACACCACGGAUUGCUUAGGUGUACUUUUGUGUGUACGACUGAACCAGCGUGCGGCGUUCGAGCUCCAACGGCGAAAGGUACCGGUUGCAGAAUCUUACAUCAAUGGAAUCAAUAUGCAGCUUUGGCCCCGAUUUCAGAAAAUCAUGGACUUACACUGUGACUCUUUGAAACGCCUUGCCUCGGGCGCGGCCAGAAGCUCCGUAUCAGCACUAUCUCUAACAGACGAUUCAAAACAAUCGUCUGCCCCGCAUUUCCUAACUCAACGUUUUGGUCAGCUUUUGCAUGGCAUCUUGUCUCUGAGCAGCGAAGGCGGUGAUGACGAGCCGGUCUCGAUCAGCCUUGGUCGGUUACGAGGCGAAUUUGACGCAUUAUUGACCAAACUCAGUCGAGGAUCUGGUGACCCAAAGCGACGAGAACGGUUCUUGUACAAUAAUUACUCUUUGAUUUUGACUAUAAUAAGCGACACGGAUGGCAAACUCGCAGCAGAACAGAAAGAGCACUUUACGAAACAACUCAAGAAUGCGUCGAAGCGCUAA